UUCAUUCAAGUGAAUAGCGUAUAUUCCGCGCACGCCAUAUUUAACCCUAGCUCCGCAAUGUCAGUGUCAGUGCUUAUUGGCGUCUGUGUAGUUCUUCUCGCACCGAAUGCCCUAGCCGAUGGCCGGUGCCCACCGAGAGAUGAUCCUCUGCUGCCUCCCGUACUUCUGCCGCAUCCGACCAAUUGCGAUAAGUUCGUGAUCUGCAGCCAUGGGUUCGAAGUGACGAGUAAAUGCCCACCCGGUUUGGAGUGGAACGAUCGGCGGAAACAGUGUGACUACCCGUCGGAAGCUCAGUGUGUGCCGCAGGACGGCAGCAGCAGUACCGUAGUGGCCGCAACCGCUGACGACGGCUGUCCGCCCGUGUACGAUCCCGAUCAUAUGGUCUACAUUGCGCACGCCACCGAUUGCACCAAGUACUACAUCUGCGACCCGUACGGCGUGCCACUUCAGCAGAAUUGCCCACCGGGGCUUCACUGGAACCCACGGGUGGACUACUGUGACUUUCCAGAGUUGGCCUCGUGCGAAGUGGCUUAGUCGCGGAGUGGCGUUGGAUUCCCCGGCGCUAGGCGUCAAGUGGUCUCCAUUAGGGCGUUGUCGAAUUGAACAUAGCAAUAGAUAAGAUGUAAGGUACAAACAAACCUCGGGGUUCUUCUGUUUUUUUAAGUGUCUACCAUGGCAUCAACAAUCGUCGUGUUCACCCAUCACAGGAGCGAACCUGGCCACAACGUGGUUCGGGGAACUGCACCAUCGAGUGGACUUAUUUUAAAGGCCCGCUCCGGCCGGAGCGUGUGGUGGGUUCGCCUUCGGACCCGGGUUCGACCUGGUUUGGGGAGUUUUGAAAAUAAAUUUUAUCCUUCCCCCAACUGUUACAGCAUCCGGAAUUGGUGGAACGAUGAUCGUACGUGGCGACGCGAUGGCCAGUAGUUUGCCAACUGUCAUCAGGAGCACGUGCGCCACGGUGGCACGUGAAGACACAUGAUGUGAACCGAGUCGGGCUACGUUAUGGCCUGGCUCGGGGUUCGCGCUGCUGUACGAGCGGUUUUUGGGGAGCAUAAAAAUGUCGGUUAAAAUUGCGUCCUACAUAUUCGUCACCGGUGGCGAGUUGGUCGUCUUGGAGUUUGUGCGCCUUUCACGGGUUUUUUCUUCUUCUGCUAGACACAGAUACGAGACACUCGUAACCAUCGCAGCGAGGGUUUUCAACUGAUCAAAUUUUGUCGUAGGGACAAACCUUGAAGAGACCACAUAAAUCGA